AUGCUACUGCGUUUGAAGCUCUUCCAAGUGCAACGAGGCCUCUGCUUCAUCACAGGCAUGGUGGAGUGUCUGUUCUUUGCAGGAAUCAUAUUCGGGUGGCCCUCGCUCGAGUUCCUCCUGAAGUCGCAAGGGUUCUUCGGCUCCUUUUGCGUCAACGCCACAAAUAGUGACGGCUCACAGUUCCAAGAUUGCAGGGGUCAGGAUGAACAGUUCUCUCUGGUCUUCACCAUUGCAUCCUUCAUGAAUAAUUUCCUGACAUUUCUAAAUGGUGUCAUCUUUGACCGCUUUGGGACCUUGGUGGCUCGCCUCUUUGGAUUAGCUCUUCACACUGGGGGCAUCUUGAUGUUGGCCUUUGCAACUCCAGCUCUGUCCAUGAUGCUUUACCCAGCUCUCUCGUUCAUAGCUGUGGGUGGAAUGAUGCUGCUCUUGACCAACAUGCAGGCGGCAAAUCUGUUUGGUGCUCAUCGUUCCACCAUCAUCACUGUCUACAAUGGGGCCUUCGACAGUUCCUCGGGUGUCUUCCUCAUCGUGAAACUCAUGUAUCAGGAAGGCAUCCCCCUGAAGGCCAGCUUCCUGUUCCUGGCCGCCGGCAGCAUCCAUCACAUGCUCAGGACCAUCUUCCUGUUUCCCAGAACCUCAAUUCCUUACCCGCUGCCUGACAACUACAAAUAUGGGAUAUCCUGCAGAAGAUCAAGACAGUCCCAUGAAACUGUGCAGACCGUCUUUCAGUCGCCAAUAGAUGAGACACCACCUGCAGAGAAUGCACCAGAAAAACCUGCAUUGUCCUCUUCAGAUAAGACUUUCCGUGAAUGCGUUCUAUCAAAAUUCUUCUUCUUGGUCCUCCUAUGGUUGUCUGUGAUUCAACUGAGACAUUAUCUAUUCAUUGGCACCCUCAACCCCAUGCUGGAGCGUCUGGCUGAUGGCGAUGCAUCAGUUGUGAGCCAGUACAUCAACGCUUUUGCUUUCUGUCAGAUGUGCGGGUUACUUGUUGCUCCCAUUAAUGGCCUCAUCAUGGACCGACACAAGCGCAAACCCCCAGUAGCAGGAAUGAGUGAACAAGAAGCAGACCUGAAUUCCGCAGUAGUCUCCUUCUUCCUGACAUCACUGAUGGCCUUGGUGUUCUCAAUUUGCGCUUCCAUUCCCGUGUUGCCACUCCAGUACUUCACUUUUGUCAUGCAAAUGAUCAAUUACAGCUUCCUGUAUGGUGGAAUGGCUACUUUUGUCACUGUGGCUUUCCCACCGUGUCACUUUGGGAAGUUGUAUGGCCUCAUCUUCGCUCUCUCGGCGGUCUUCUCUUUACUGCAGUAUGCCUGCUUUGCUGUGGUGGAAGAAGUGCUGGACGGAGAUCCCUUAUAUGUGAACAUCGCUCUGACCGUGCUUAUCCUGUCCUCCUUCAGUCACCCUCUCUCCGUGUUUCUGCACUGCCGAGCGCUAGCAUCCCAGCGAGCCAAAGUCAACACGAUGGCUGACAUGAACAUAGUCACCUAA